CCAAAAAGUUUGUAGAAUACGAAGAAAUCACGUGACCUGUCACAACUCCGUUCAACAUGGCGGCGACCGUCUCUGCUUUUCAUCGAAGCAGGCAAGGCUCUAAAAUCGGUGCCCAGUUCGACCAAGACGGCAACCUUAUUCAGGUGGAGGCCCGGGAAGAUGAAGAGCAGAGCAUCAAACUGGCGGAGAUCCUGGAGCUGCUUUUGGCUGCCGGAUAUUUCAGAGCCCGCAUUAAAGGACUGUCCCCUUUUGAUAAGGUGGUCGGCGGGAUGACAUGGUGCAUCACCACAUGUAACUAUGACAUUGACGUCGAUCUUCUUUUUCAAGAAAACUCAACCAUCGGUCAGAAAAUUGCAUUGACUGAGAAGAUUGUGUCUGUUUUACCAAAAAUGAAAUGUCCUCAUCAUCUGGAGCCCCAUCAAAUCCAAGGACUGGAUUUUAUCCAUGUUUUUCCAGUAAUACAGUGGCUGGUGAAGCGAGCCAUAGAGACCAGAGAGCAAAUGGGCGACUAUGUGAGGGCUUACUCCAUAUCCCAGUUCCAGAAAGCUUACAGUUUUCCAGAGAAUGAAGACUUUUGUCAAAAAGGCAAAGCAGUGGGAGCAGUUUCUGAUUUGCUGGAAGUAUACAAACCACAGAGAAAAUACAGAAGGCAAAAUGAUGCAGGGGAAUUACUGGAUGAGGAGUCCAAGGUUCACUCUACAUUGCUGGAAUAUGGCAGGCGUCAUGGAUUCAGCAAACAAGACAAGCUGGAUGACAAAAAAGCUCUUUCAGCUAAGGACCAUGUGACAGAGGUGUCAGAGGAAGAAGCUAUGUGGGCAGCGGAGGAGGUACGGAUUAAAAGCUUGAUAACCGGAAUGGCUGCCAUGGCUGACGAAGAGGGCCAACUGACUGCCAGCACACUUGGUCAUAUAGUUGGACAACAGUCUGAGGAGAUCAAACUCAUCGCUUCUGAGUAUGCUGUGAAGCACCUGGAGAUAUCCUCCGAGGACUUUACGGAGCGCUAUGGCCCAUUGCACCAGCACCUCCGAGCUGUAGCCUCUCUCAACAAACAGAUGCAGCAGAAGAAGAACCAACUUGGGGAGCUACAAACCAAUCAUGCAGAAGUAAAGAAAGGUUGUAACAAGGCGAAGAAAAAGUUGCUCGAGGCAACAGAGCAAUCUGAGAGACUGAAAAAGGAACUGAUUCAUUUUCAGGACAUCGAAGGUCAAGCUGACUGCAGCAUGUUGGAGAAGCUGAGGGAUCUGGUAACAAUGAAUGACACUUUGAAAGUGCAAGAGCAGGAGUUCCGUACACACUGCAGAGAUGAGAUGGCCCUCCUGCAACAGAGCAUUGAGGAGUUGAAGACUGCAUCUGGGCAGGGUACAGAGGAGGAGAAGGAAAGGAAUCAAUUGAUACACAAACAAUAUAAUACAGACAGAGACAAACUACAAAAGAUCCGGCUGCUCAUGGCUCGGAGGAAUCGUGAGGUUGCCAUUUUGCAGAGAAAAAUUGACGAAGUGCCGAGUCGUGCAGAACUAACACAGUACCAGAAGAGAUUCGUUGAACUGUAUAGUCAAGUUUCUGCCACACACAAAGAGACCAAACAGUUCUUCACACUGUAUAAUACCUUAGAUGACAAAAAAGUUUACCUUGAGAAGGAGGUAAAUUUGCUGAACUCCAUUCAUGACAACUUCCAACAGGCCAUGUCAUCCUCAGCAGAUAAGGAACAGUUCCUCAGACAAAUGGAGCAGAUUGUGGAGGGAAUCAAACAGAGUCGCAUCAAGAUGGAAAAGAAGAAGCAGGAGAACAAAAUGAGGAGAGAUCAGCUCAACGACGAGUACCUCGAGCUGCUUGACAAACAGAGACUGUAUUUCAAAACUGUCAAAGAUUUUAAAGAGGAAUGUCGCAAGAACGAAAUGCUGCUGUCUAAGUUGAGAGCGAAAGGAGCAUCUUAGCUGGAAAGGGUUUGUUUCUAUAAAAAUACUGUGCGUCAUCUGUGUAAACUCAUUUAAUGAGUACUGAUCUACCAUUCAGUAUUUGUUUUUCAUGGAUCAUAGUGUUAAACAUGCAUAUGAACUAAAAACUAUUGAGUCAUAUAAAUGAAAAAAAAACACCAUACAGUGGAUCGCUUUAAGAAUGAUUCUAUUAGUGUUUUCUGUCAAUUGUACAUUCAUGUCACACUCAUACUUUACAAUGGUCGGGGCCGCUGAAUAAGAUUUCACCAAGAAGACAAAUACAAUUAACAUGUGUUAGGUCUUGUAUUUCAGUCAUUAGUGGUAGGAUCUCCUACUUCUACUACCCUUUUCAGCUUAACCUUUUUUCUUUUUUUUUUCUUCAAAUAUUCAACUUGCUCCACAGCAUGCUAAAUUCUUAGUUGCUGUUUUCAUGACACUUCUAUGUCCAGAGCUGCAAAUUAAUAAGUCUCUAACUGUCAGGCUAAAAUAUUGUCAUAAGUGUAAAAAUAAGUGACUCUCUAAUAAAGUGGAGGAUAAAAAUG